CCCCAGGGCAGUGUCCUUACAUUACCGUAUAUGUCUAGGGGGAUAUUUUUGAUUGUGUGUAGAAUAGUAUUAAAAAGAAUAAUCCAAACAUGGACCGCAUGCAGGGGAAGAUCUUCUUCUACGAGGACCGGAACUUCCAGGGCCUCCACUAUGAGUGCAGCAGCGACUGCCCCGAACUGAGCUCUCAUUUCAGCCGCUGCAACUCCAUCAGGGUGGAGAGUGGUGCCUGGGUGGUCUAUGAGAGGCCCAACUACAUGGGCUCUCAGUACAUCCUGACCAGGGGAGAGUACCCCGACUACCAGCGCUGGAUGGGCAACAACGACACUAUCAGGUCCUGCCGGAUUAUCAGACAUACCACUGGCAUGCACAGGAUCCGCGUGUACGAGCGCCCUGACUAUGCCGGUCAGAUGAUUGAGUUCAGUGAGGACAGCCCCAACCUGUCUGAGCGUUUCCGCCACCGCGAGGUGCACUCUGCCAAUGUGCUGGACGGCUCCUGGGUCUUCUACGAGCACCCCAACUACAGGGGGCGCCAGCACCUGCUGGAGAGGGGCGAGUACAGACGCCACACCGAGUGGGGGGGCAUGCAGGCCAACGUGGGCUCCCUCCGCCGCGUCCAGGACUUUUAGACCAUCCUUGUCAUACAGAUGUAGGAUCUUAAUUUGAGCCAGCUUGCUACAGCAGGAAAAUGAUCCCGCAGCAACAGGAAAUGUUC